GUGAGAAAUUAAGACGCAAUCAUUAUCCAUCUUUCAUGUUAUAAAUGGGUUUGAUCUGCGUAGUCCUUUAGCGACAUUAUCAAUGCCUUCCCUUCGCCUAGGAAAUAUCGCCCCCGAUUUUGAAGCAGAGACUACUGCUGGACCUAUCAAGUUCCACGAAUGGAUCGGCGACUCUUGGGCGAUUCUCUUCUCGCACCCAGGAGACUUUACCCCUGUUUGCACCACUGAGCUCGGCGAGGUCGCUCGCCGCGCUGAUGACUUUGCUAAGCGCAAUGUUAAACUUAUCGGAAUAUCUGCCAACGGCCUCCAAGACCACGGCAAGUGGGUUGAAGAUAUCAAUGACUUCGGCGCGAAAUUCGGACCAACCAACGUGCAGUUCCCUAUCAUUGCCGACGAAGACCGGAAAAUCUCCACCCUUUAUGAUAUGCUUGAUGAACAAGAUGCCACUAACCGUGAUGCAAAAGGUCUCCCCUUUACGAUCCGUACAGUAUUUGUGGUUGAUCCCAAGAAAGUCAUUCGAUUGACCAUUGCUUACCCGGCUUCUACCGGACGAAACUUCGAUGAGAUCCUCCGCUUGGCGACAAAUAUCGCGUCACAACGCCAGUUAAUUGGAACAAGGGUGACUGAUGUCAUUGUCCACCCUUCGGUUAACAAUGACGAGGCCAAGGUGCUCUUCCCCGAGGUCACCUUCCACAAGCAACCCUACCUGCGCACAACACCCCUCAAAGUUAGCGAAUAAAGAUAAGAUUAGGGACGGAUGAUGUUUGAUGGUCUGCUGUCAUUAAUCCCAGUUUCUACGAACAAUGACACCCAACAUGCGGCAGACUCAAAGCAGGUAGUCGAUAUAUUGUAUUACAUUCAUGUAACAUGAAUCUGUAGCGCUGGUGGAUCAACCGACCCUGCGUUGACGAGCUAGGAAAGAGCGGCUUGGUAGAUGUGAUUGUAUGCGGUUGUGUCAGUGUGCACUAUGUCUUUAGUACGUGACCCCGAACUACCGGCAGGAGGCCAUCGGUCCAACGAGUCCGGGUACCAACUUCAAGGACAUAUAAGUUCCUUGGGCCAGUGACGUACUCACGUACGCAAGUCUAAGUACGAACGUAGAAACAUAGCUGAAUUUGGUUGGUUAUUUGCACGUGUUGAACGAAUCCAUUCAACGACGCGUGUACUACUACAUGACGCGUCUUUCGACCUUCACAAUCAC